UGGUCGUAACAGACAAGCAUAAAGGUCGAACGUCAUUUCGCUUAACUACUAGAGUAUAGUUCGUUAUUAUUAUCACAUGAACCAAAAAAACUAGGAUUUUAAAAGUGACUAUGCGAAAAUACAGCUUGGCAGCCGACGAAAUAGUUACACCACGGUGCAGCUUGCAGUGCGCAAGCCGCAUUUAGCCGUUACAAGUUAUCAGCUGAUGUGGGAAACGCAACAUGUUUUUAGUUAGCGUAAGCCGGCUCGCUUGCGGCUCGAUCCGUCUCUUUGCUCGCUCGUUAAUAACAUCCAAAAACAUCAAUCAAGUCAAGUACUUCGCGCAAAUUGCACACGCCAACAUGGUUAGGCCGAAAGUAUUGGUAACACGCGUCGACGUUCCUGAGGCUGGAUUGAAAUUGCUCAGAGAAGAGUUCAAUCUUGACAUUUGGGAGCAAGAAGUGCCCAUUCCCAGAUCAGAGCUUAUAUCAAGAAUAAAGGAUGUUGAUGCUCUCUAUUGUCUUUUAACAGAUAAAAUUGAUGAUCAAGUCUUGGAAGCAGCUGGUAAAAAAUUGAAAGUCGUUGCUACAAUGUCUGUAGGAGUGGAUCACUUAGAUCUAAAAGCUUUAAAAGCUAGAAACAUUCCAGUCGGAUAUACUCCUGGAGUUUUAACCGAUGCUACUGCAGAGUUGGCAAUCGCUCUAUUGUUAGCUACAUCAAGAAGAUUAAUCGAGGCUAAUAAAGCAAUCUACAAAGGUGAGUGGAAAGCCUGGUCCCCAUCUUUUAUGACUGGACCAAAACUUUCUGGCUCAAACGUGGGAAUUGUAGGUCUAGGGAGGAUAGGUUUUAGACUAGCUGAGUAUUUGAAAAGUUUUGGAGUUGCCAAUAUAUUUUACACUAGUCGCACUGAAAAGCCAAAUGCGACGAAAAUUGAACUGAAGAAAGUUGAGCUUGAUAAUCUGCUGAGAGAGAGUGACUUUGUCAUAAUUACAAUUGCAUUGACACCAGAAACAAGAGAGAUGUUCAAAACAGAAACUUUUAAAAAAAUGAAGAAAAGCUCUAUUUUAAUAAACAUUAGCAGGGGAGAAGUAGUACAUCAACCUUCAUUGAUAACAGCCUUGAAGAAUGGUACUAUCAGAGCUGCUGGAUUAGAUGUCAUGACUCCUGAACCAAUACCUCUUGAUAGCGAGUUAUUGAAACUGGAUAAUUGUAUUGUUAUUCCACAUUUAGGAAGUGCUGCUACAGAAACUCGUAACGAGAUGGCUGUAAUGACUGCUAAAAAUAUAAUUGCUGUUCUUCACAAUAAACCUGAACAAAUGCCAGCUUCCUUUCAAUUCUAAAUAUGUUGAGCAGAUAAAUUGUUAUAUUAUGAUAUUAUAAAAUAAAUUUUUUAUUUUUCUAAAUGACUGAGUAAAUAAAUACUGAG